AUGAAAAAGUGGUUUUGGCACCCCUUCAAGCGCACGAGCUUCAAGCACCAGGGAUACUAUGGCCAGUCGACGCCUCCUUGCAUUGACACCGAGCGUGAUAUGCUCUUCUCGUUCAUUGCCAAGCUUCCGAACGCCAUCGUUCAGUUCUACGUGAACCGAGACAUUCCCAAUGCGUCCAUGUACUCACUGGAAAUCGUGUGUGGCAGCAACUUUACCUUUACGUUCCCAGCGGAAUCCUACCAAGCCGGCGCGCUGCUGAACAUGGUUCUCCCCGGGGAUGCGGCUGAGUUCGAAGAAGUUUGGUACACGGCAAACUUCACUGAGGAGAUUGAGCCGGAUGGAGACACCAUGGACUGCACACUGCUACUGAAGAAGGGGACGGACACGGUGGAUGAGUGGAAUGGCCCUAUGGUGGCUACCGAGGACGAGACCUUUGCACAGCGCAUGGUGGUGGCACCCGGCUUUGACCAGUUUGAUUGGAACAUCUCGACUGAGGCCAUUUUUGACAACACUGACGAGGAUGACUGGCUUGCAAACACUCCAAUCUCAGGCUUCUGCCAAGACGAAGGCUACAUCCCAAUCACGGUGCGGGCUUUUAGACGAGAUGGCAGUGUCAAAGACACAGCCUCCGCCCAGCAAGAUCUGGGUUUGCUAACUCCCAAUUACCAACUCUCCUUGUGCAGUUUUCGCGAUGACAUGCUGAAGCUGGUCGUCACGCUGCUUCUGAUGGUGAUGGUGGCAACGCGGCUAUUUGGUCUUCGUAAUGAUUGCGCGGAUGACCUUCACGAUGACGAUGGUGAUGCAGACCAUGACUAUGGUGAUGGUCGGUGA